AACUAACCCUUCAAACAAGAAAAAAAGAAUCAAACAACUAAAAAAUGAUCAAGAAUAAAAUGAAUGCAAAAUGAAAACUUAAUACUGGAUGUGAUGAAAUUUUACCAUUUAUCUGCCCAUCUUUAACUAGGGCUUUCAAUCUUAAUUUUUUUAGAGCAGGCUUUCAAUCUUAAUGAAUUAAGCGAGAUUCUUAAAUCGCAAGAAAUUCUCUGGUCUACCAAUGGAUCCUUCAUCCUUUAACAACCCUGAAUUGCAGCAGCUUCUUCAACAAGAAAAGCAGAAGGCUGUGGUGAACGAAAUGAUCGGAAAGCUCACAUCUCGCUGCUGGGACAAAUGCAUCACCGGUACUCCCGGAAACAGUUUCAGUUCUAGUGAAUCUACUUGUCUCACCAACUGCGCUCAACGCUACAUGGAUACAGCAAUGUUCGUCAUGAGACGACUCCAGCAAUGAAAAGCGCAAACCCAGUUUUAAUUUCGCAUUUGAUGAAUGCUUCUGAAUCCAAUAUCUAUAAAAUGAAGUUGCACUUGUUUCUGAAUUGGAAUUAUUUUCUGGUAUGGUUUGUGAUCUGACUAUCAUUAUUUACUUUAUACAAUGUAUAAACAGCAAUGCUCUUGUAAGGUCUUGUGAAUGAAAUUGCCAUGUCACACAG